ACCCUGGCUGGCCGCCACGGUUCCUCUCCUCCCCAAGCUCUGGACACCGGCGAGCGCCGCCUUCACCGCCACCAGCACCGACUCACCGAAUCCAGAGCUCACGACGUCGCGCCGGCAUUAUUUCUGCUGCCCUCUUACUCGCGCCUCCCCGCCCGCAGAUAGCGCACGACCCCUCGCCGGUUCCCCAUCUGUACCGGCGACCCCGACACCCCAUCUGCACCGACCUUUGUACCGAUAUUCCGCUGUUCAGCUCUUCACCCACCGCUGCAACCCGCAGGAUUAACGGUGAAAUUUUGAGGCAUGGAGGAUGACGAAAACAUUGAGGAAGAGCUUUUGGUAGUGGAGUCAGAACUCCAUGAAGUACAAGGCAAAAUCAAGAUGUUGCUUGAUCAGCAAGAAGAAUUGUAUGAGCGCCAGUCGCAUUUGAAGGCUUUGCUGGAAAUAUCUAAAACUUCCAGAGAUACAUCAAAUACUGCCCCUUCCGUUGCUCUGGAAGAUUGGUCUGGAAAGUUCUCAUGGGAUUCUCAGGCUGAUGACAUGCGAUUCAAUGUAUUUGGUAUCUCUUCCUACAGGUCAAAUCAGCGAGAAAUAAUUAACUCUAUCAUGAGUGGAAAGGAUGUUCUGGUUAUAAUGGCUGCUGGUGGAGGGAAGAGCUUGUGUUACCAACUUCCAGCUGUACUUCGUGAUGGAAUUACACUUGUCGUCAGUCCUUUGCUUUCGCUUAUUCAGGAUCAGGUCAUGGGACUGGCGGCUUUAGGUAUACCAGCGCACAUGUUGACUUCCACUACCAACAAGGAAGUCGAGAAGUUCAUCUAUAAGGCACUUGAGAAAGGUGAAGGGGAACUGAAGAUAUUGUACGUGACACCUGAAAAGAUAUCCAAAAGUAAAAGAUUCAUGUCCAAGCUUGAGAAAUGUCAUCAUGCUGGGCGCCUUUCUCUAGUUGCAAUAGAUGAGGCACACUGCUGCAGCCAAUGGGGGCACGAUUUCCGUCCAGACUACAAGAAUCUGGGCAUUUUGAAGAUCCAGUUUCCCAGUGUUCCCAUGAUAGCUUUAACUGCAACUGCAACAAGUAAAGUGCAAAUGGAUUUGAUGGAGAUGCUUCAUAUCCCAAGAUGUGUCAAGUUUGUCAGCUCUGUUAACAGGCCCAACCUUUUCUACAGAGUAUAUGAGAAAUCGUCAGUUGGAAAGGUUGUUAUUGAUGAGAUUGCAAAUUUCAUAAGCGAAUCAUACCCAAAUAACGAAUCUGGGAUUGUGUAUUGCUUUUCUAGGAAGGAAUGUGAACAGGUUGCCAAAGAAUUGCGUGGAAGAGGUAUUUCAGCAGAUUAUUAUCACGCAGAUAUGGAUGCUGCUGCUCGUGAGAAAGUUCAUAUGCGUUGGAGUAAAAGUAAAUCACAGGUCAUUGUUGGAACAGUGGCGUUCGGAAUGGGGAUCAACAAACCAGACGUCAGAUUUGUAGUUCAUCAUAGCCUUAGCAAGUCUAUGGAGACAUAUUACCAGGAAAGUGGUAGGGCAGGUAGAGAUGGACUACCUUCAGAAUGUGUUCUAUAUUAUCGCCCUGGUGACGUUCCCCGCCAGAGUUCGAUGGUCUUCUAUGAAAACUGUGGCUUGGAAAAUCUUUAUGGCAUAGCACGGUAUUGUCAGUCUAAGAAAAACUGUCGCCGUGGUGCUUUCUUUCAACAUUUUGGAGAGGCUGUGCAGGAAUGCAACGGAAUGUGUGACAACUGUGCUUCUAGUAUUGAGCUCAAGGACAUAGAUGCUACCUACCAUACCAAAAUCAUCAUCUCACUUCUCCAAGAAAUGCAACAAAAUGACCAAAGAGCUACAUUGCUACAGCUGUUGGAUAAGUUCAAAACAAAAUGGAAGCAUUCAGCAGGUUGUUCAAAUGAAGCAGUUGAUCUUAAGAAGGAAGAACUUGAGCUGUUGAUAGUUCAACUUAUACUUGACCGUGUUUUGAAAGAAGAAUUUCAGCAUACAGCAUAUACAACCAAUGCAUAUGUUGCUUUAGGACCACUGUGGAAGCAAGCAUUGCAAGGGAACAGACAAGUGAAGCUAACUACUGCUAUUCAGUCUCAAGAUAGUGAUGGUAGAGUUAAAAGUACAAAGCGCAAUCAGAUGAGCAGUUUGGAAGCUAAGCUUGAUGACCUACGUAGAACUAUCUCUUCUGCUAAUGGGGGCAUCUUCCCCCAUGCAGUUCUUUCCACGCAGCAAAUUUCCCUGCUAAACAUCCAUAAACCAACCACUAUUGCAGAGCUGGAAAAGCUUAUAGGCAAGGUAAAGACCGACAAGUACGGCAACGACAUCAUUGAGGUGAUGCGGUCAGAAGCUGAGGGUGGAAAGGACGGUGGUGCAGGUGGAGCUAAGAGGCAAAGGAAGGAUAAGGAUGUUGUUUCCAUUGAGAGUAGCGAGGAGGAAGCCUAGCAUUACCAUGGAUAAGUCUAAGUUGUAGAAUGCUUACACCAGUCAAUGAAGGCAAGCAGUAUUAGCAUAUUGAGGAUGAGUGACUAACAACACAGGACGUUAGAUUCUACUGAGCUGCUUAAACUCUGUAACAAUAGGCCCUGACCACCAAAUGGAAUGAAGCUGAGGAGAAUUUUGUUUUGGAGUUGUUCUCCAAAAAAGUUGUCUUACCGUGAUUCAAUGGAUGUAAUUUGCAUAGGUUUUAGUUAAGCAGCAAAUAUUCAUUGGGACUUGACUAGUUGCCGUUGCCGAUUUUUGUUUGGUAUUUCGGUUUUUGUGCCUCCAGAAUGUUGAUCAGUUGAAUGUUCAGUGUGUAAGGGCUGAACCCAGCAUCUAGAGUGGACACACCUUUGCUUCCACAUUUCGGUCAGGAAACUGUUUCCCAAACCAUUUCAAGAUUCA